CACGCAUAAAUUUUUAGCGAAAAAUUAGAAAAAGGCCAACCAAAAGCUGGCCAAAUUUAUAGCAAGUGCUAUCUUGUGUUUGGCAACAGAAUAACAUUGUGUGAUUAUUGCACUUAUUGCAACGGUGUUUUGUUUUCGUGUGCAUUUACCGUACCGCAAACUUAGUCGCCCCGCACUUGCACUAACACACACACGCCGAGUGUGUGCGUGUGUGUGUGUGUGUAUAGGUGACAAUUUUUGUUGCGUGGUGCCGGGUUACAGCUACAAAUAUUACAAUAUUAUUUUUGUUGUUGAUUUGGGAAGCGCGCGCAUCGAUUGUGUGGCAUGAUAUAAAAAACACACAGAAAUAAAAACAACGCAAAUUGUUGGCCGGUGCCGCAGUCAAAAACCACGUAACGCUAGCUAGCUGAGUGCAAGUGGCUCUCAUCUCAAAAUGAUGUUCACGGGCACCAAUCAGCAGCAGGACACGCGCUUCAGCGACAAGGAGAAGAAGCUAAUGAAGCAAAUGAAAUUUGGGGAUUGUCUCAACAAGCGCGUGGACAUGUCCAAGGUCAAGUUGGAUGUGCUGCGUCCCUGGAUAAGCAAGAAAAUCACCGAUAUUCUGCAUAUCGAGGAUGAUGUUGUCGUUGAAUUUGUCUACAAUCAGCUGGAGGAGGAGAAAUAUCCGUGCCCCAAAAAGAUGCAAAUCAAUAUGACUGGCUUCCUCAACGGUCGCAAUGCGCGCCAAUUUAUGGGUGAACUCUGGUCGCUGCUGCUGUCCGCCCAGGACAGCGACAGUGGCAUUCCUGCCGAAUUCAUACAGCAGAAAAAGGAUGAGAUACUCAAGCGCGAGGAGGAGCAACAACAGCAGCAGCAGCAGCAACAGCAGCAGCAAAAGCAACGCCAGCAUCAUCAGCAGCAGCAGCGUCAACGUGACUCGACACGCUCCCGUUCCCGAUCACGUUCGCAGUCACGCACGAGGGACAAGCAGCGACGCCACGACAGAUCAAAGUCUCGCUCACGCAGUCGCUCCAUCUCGUCCAAAAUGUUGGCUGCCUCGUCCAACAACAACAGCAACAACAACACUGCGGCACCGCCGCCCAUUAACAGUGCAGCACGCGAAGCUGCCGCAAAUGCAGCGGCACGUCUACGCAAACGUGGUGCGGGUGGUGGUGCCUCACCAGUUGCAUCAACUGGUGCAGCAGCGGGUGCAACAACAACAACAUCAGCAGCAGGAGCUGGAGCAGCAGCUCCUCCAUCGAGCACAUCCAGAGAGCGGCGUUCGAGUCGCCGUCGCUCACAUUCCCGCUCACGAUCCAAUCGCUCAGCGGAUGCGGCUGGUGGCACAGCAAAGACUCUAAAUGGACGACACUCUGUGGCAAAGAAGUCGUCGCCGCCGUCGUCGGCAGCCGCCUCCAAAACCAAAUCCAAGGCCAAAUCCCGUUCACGUUCGCGCUCAUCGCGCAGUCGCACCAGAUCACGCAGUGGAGGCAAAGCAGGAGGCAAAGGCUCAGCAGGAGGCAAAGGCUCUGCAGCGGCGCGUUCCCGUUCCCGCAGCUCAUCCCGCUCCUCGGUGCGCAGCAAUCGUCGCCGACGCAGCUCCCGUUCCCGGGCCAGCAGCAUCUCGCUCUCGCCCGAGCGCCAGCAGGAUCAACAGUUUGAGCAUCGGCGCAAUAAGAAUAGCGUGCAGAAUAAGCGACAGUAUCGCAAUAACCGAGAUGAUUCCGCCAGCUCCAUGGAGCGUGGUGAUGCUCGUGCCCGCCAAUUUGGUGGAGCUGGAGGAGGCGGUGGCGGUGGACGUCGUCCGCCGCCGCAUGGCAGACGCUUCUCGCCACGCGGACGCAGUCCCAUUCGCCAGGAUAAAGGCGGCGGUGGACGUUUCCAGCGCUCCAAUUCGCGACGUCGCUCGCGCUCCCGCAUGCUAUCCAGAUCGCCCAUGCGCUACUCCAGAUCACCCAGGCGAUUUAAUAAUCGGCGACGCUCGUCGCCGAUGCAUUUUCGCGGCGGCGGCGGUGGACGUGGGCGUGGUGGUAAUCCGCGCAACAUGUGGCAGCAACAGCAGCAGCAGCAGCAGCUGCACCGUGGCAACAGUCCCAACAAUCAUCGGGGUGGCGGCGGGGGCGGUCGCAUCCACUGGCAGGCCAGGCAGAAUAGUCCCAAUGGCGGCGGACGUCGCUUUGUCGAUCGACGUCAGUCGCCGCUGCCGCCGUCGUCGCAGCAGCAGCAGCGUCGCUACUCACGCGAUCGUCGCCAGUCGCCGCAGCAGCAGCAGCCGCCUUCGGGUCAGCAGCAGCAGUUCCGCAAGCAGUUUUCGCCUGGACGUCGCUUCGAGCGUCGCGGUUCGCCGCCAGCGAACUUUAAUCGCUGGGAUCAGCAGCGUCAGCCGCUGCGCAGUCAGCAGCAGCAGCAGCGCAUGGGUCGCUCCAGUUCUGGCAGCGUUAGUCCGCCGCCGCCGCGUCGCCAGCAGCAGCAGCGCAGCGUCAGUCCACUGCCGCCGCGACGUCGCAGUCGCUCGCGCAGUCGCAGUCAGCGCAGCCAGCAUAGUCGCAGUCGCAGUCGAUCCACUUCAAGGCAGCCGCAGCAGCAGCGUCGACGUCGUUCUGUGGAAUUUGCCGGUCCCUCUGUCAACACCAUCGAUCUCUGUCGCGAGGAGCAGCAGCAGCAACCGUCGCAGCAGCAGCAGCAGCAGUCGCAGUCGCUGCGCAAAUCAGAGUCUCUGCAGCAGCAGCCGCCACCGUCGCAGUCGCAGCCGCCGUCGCAGCUGCAGCGACGCCGCAGUCUUGCCAGUUUGUCGCGCACACCGUCGCCGUUCCUUAAAUCGCAUGAGCGCAGCGCUGCGUCGGCAGCGGCGUCGGCGUCUGCACCAAAGAAAGUUCGCAGCGGCGGCAACAAAAGUCAAAGCAGCAGCUCCGACAGCAGCGCCGACGACAGCGAGGACAGCGACGACGACGACCAUCAGCAUCAGCAGCAGCAGCUGCACAAGAAACAGCAGCAGCAGCGUCAACAGGCGCGUCGCAGCGCCAAAACGUCAAAGUCAAAGUCUGCGUCAGCGUCGGCGAAGUCGUCAAGUAACAAGGCUAAAGCGCUGCGCAGCUCUGCCAGCAGCAGCAGCAGCAGUGAGCAGCGCAGUGACGAUGACGACAGCAGCGAUGAGCGUCAGGCGACAAAGAAGAAGCAGCAACAGCUGGUGGCGAACCAGAAGCGUAAAGAGGAAACAACAACGACUGUGGCGUCGUCGGAGAAGCAGCGCCGCAGCGGGGACAAGAAACUGCAGCGCAGCAUGUCAAAUGAUUUGCUGCCAACGGAUGCGUUAAUGGCGGACAGCAAGCAGAAAAGCUCCGACAGAAGCCGCAAGCGAAGUCAUAAAAAAUCGCGAAGCGGUGGUGGGGUUGGGGGCGGGGGUGGUGGUGGAGGGGGAGGUGAGGCCAGCGAAUCGGAGGAUGAACGUUUGCCCAAAAAGAAACGUAAGAAAUCAAAGAAAGCGGCCGAUACAAGUGAAAGCGACUCUGCGUCGGAGGCUGAGUCGUCAUCGAAGCAGAAGAAGAAACACAAGAAGCAUAAGAAGCACAGCAAGAAGAGCAAGAAGCAUAAGAAGCAUAAGCGAAAGAGCAGCAGCAACGCCAAGCAUCGGCAAGACGCAAGCAGCUCAGACGCCAGCAGCGGCGGCGGUGGCGAUGACGACGACGAGGAGCUUUCCACGAAGGCUGCCAAGCGGAAUGGAAAGUUGCCGUUGCUCAUCACUGGCAAUCCCGGCAUCAAUGAGGAUCUGGAGAAACAGCUGCGCGAGCGUGCACUCAAAUCCAUGAAGAAGUUGGACUGAAAAAACAACAACAACAACAAAGAGAAGAACAUCAAGAGGAGGAAGAAGAA